GCGCGCAAACCGCUGCCUCCAAAAAAAACAUAAAAAAUAACGCUUUAGUGGUUGGCUGAUGGUUGAAUUGAAAGUUAACUUUUUCAAAAUAUCAAAAAAAAAUUUGUCACUGAGGUGAACUACGGCGGCGGAACGUGUCGCUGUCGAUUAGCUCCGUGUGUGAUCGCACUCCUUCGUAGUUUAUUGCGCUAUCGGUGACUCGAAAAUGGCGCGGUUACUUGUUUAUUUGACGCUAGCAGCGCUGACAUCAUCGGCCCUGCCCGAAGCCACGCCGCCGGCGCCGGCGCCAGCGGGCGGGGCCGCGCCGCCCGCGGCCGAGGCGCGCGCCGACGAGCUGCCCGCCGCCUCCGGCGAGGACGCCGAGGACCCGCCCGAAGGGUACUACGCCUUCGUUGAGUCGCCUAAUGCCACACCGCCGAGAGUGCGCCCCCCGCCGUACCGGCAGGUCGCGGCGGAGUGCCCCGAGGCCGCCGACCCGCGGCCGCACGUGACCGCGCACAACCUCUGCGGGGACCUCAACUUGGGCGUCAUCCCGCGCAACCCCAUGGGCCAGAGCCCCGCCGGGGAGCCCUACCCCUUCGAGCUGAUCCGCAACCAGACGCUGCGCUUCCUGUCGCGCACGCUGCCCGUGCUGCGCGCCGACGACACGCUGCCGCGCGUGGCGCAGCUGGCGGCGCCGCCGCGGGCCGGCGACAGUUUUUGUAUGCUGUACCGUGCGAUCAACGGUGACAGCUCAUCAGCAGGUGGAGUUGAACGUCGCGAGGACCCUGGCCCAGCACCGCAUCCGCACUCUCCUCAUACACACCAUCCCAGAUACGAAGGUCCUCCCACACCGUGCCCAGCUCGCGUGGAAUACGCGACGCCGGUGUUCGCUCGUAACUACCAGGGCGUUUGGCGAUACGUGGUCCAAAUUCCCUACGAGGGCUAUUUCACGCAAACUGUAGAAGUCACAAGAUGUAUGCAAUCUCGUUGCCACUACUUAGAAGGCGGCUGCCUUAGCUCACCGCGGUGGGUGUCGCUGCUGGUGGCCGAACUCCAUUACCCUCAGGAGUACCAGCAGACGCAGUACCUGCAGCGGCGCGCGGGCGUCGCGAGCAGCGAGGAGGCCGCGGCCGCCACCGACAAGCCGCCGCACUGCGACGGGCACGACGAGCUGGGCUGCUACCAGGUGCGGCUGUACUACGACUGGUUCCUGGUGCCCGGCUCGUGCAAGUGCUGGCGGCCCGACUACUUCGCGCGCUACGUGCGUCGCCGCCACUCCACCAACGAGCUCUGAGACUUCGUCGGACCGUCCCUCGCGUCGGUGCCGAACCGAACGUUUGCCGACGAAUGCGCCGUCUGACCCUUUCGUCGGCCCGGUUCGUUCGGUUCGGUGUCUUACGAUUUGAUAAGAAAUUUUGCAAUAAUAGUUUACGUCUCGAUUUGUUUGUUUUGGCGAAGCGACGCGAUAACAACUAGGUAGAUGACACUUAUUUCUCCAGUGGUGCUAAUUCUGAGUUCAGGAGUUGUGACUUCAAGACUGUAUUUUAUAAAGCUGUUAUUAUUAAUUGUAAGCGUAACGUAGGUACCUACACCAAAACAUUGUAGACUUACGAGAAAGGACAGAUCUCUGUUAUCGACUAAUUAAUAACUGUAAUCGGCAAUAUUAGAUAAUUUCGUUGCUUCGAAAUCGACAAUUUGUUCAACUGUACGGUUUAUGUACAAAAGUACAUUAUUUAAUAGAUCAGUAUGGUUUGAACGUUAGCUCAAUGUGCAUUUAUAUUUUUAGUUGUAGAUGUAGGUUUCGAGUUACUUAUAUAAUUUA